CUUUUUUGUGCGUGUGCGUUACGGAAGUUAGCCAUGCAAAAAAGAUUUGUUAAUGUAAAGAGCUUCAAAAACAACCAAACACUGAGCUCGGCGAUUGUACCACGAACACGUACGCAGUGCCUGGAAACAGAAAAGAGCUUCUAAAUACGAAGGAGAAACGAGUUAUUGUUGUUUCCGAUACGGUUAUUUACACGCGCUGUUGUUUAGCCGUUAAACACGAGACACAUUCCUCGGUUAGCUGGAAAAUAAACAAACGCGAUGCUAACGGCUAAUGGACUGUAGAUAACGAGCAACGCGGUGCGAGACUGAAGAUUAUGAAGACUGAAUCAGACUGAGAAGGUUAAACUAUGGAGCUGUACUGGUACAUAGUCGUCAUAAUAUUUAUUAUGAUAAAGAUCUUCUUCUACGUCUGCUGGUACCGAUCAAGACAGAGGCAGCUGGCCGCAUAUCUCAGUAAUCCACGCAACGCCCAGAUCGUUAUUGUGGGAGGAAGAGCAUACCUGCACCAGAUGUGUGAGAACCAAAACACUUCAAUCUGGCCAAAUUGGUACAGUGUUCAGGAUGAUGGCUCCGUAGGGGAACCCUCUGUUUCUCUUCCUCCUUCUUCGUCCCUCUCUCAUCUGGACUUGCCCCCUCCAUAUGAGGCUGUUUCUGGAGCGGACGACCUGAAACCACCUCCGUACAGCGAGUUUGCUCAGAACGACGACACGGACACGUCUCAGAGCAUCGCGAUCCCAGAGGGCAACAAUUCGAGCAUCAGCGAUGACCCGCCUCCAUACACCCCCACUGCCAACCAGCACACCAGCAUUCAGUGCCAAGCCGAGCCUGAGGGGAGAUCCAGCUAGUCUCUUCCAACAUCAUGUUUCAGUUUUUGUUCACAGCAAGGGCUGUUCUUCUCCAUGCAGUUGCUCAGCGUUUAGUUAGAGACUCAUUUUUUGUUUGGUCAUUUUUACUCUUAUUAACGGUGCAUGAGGUGGAUUCUAGACAUGUUAAAAGCUGAGGGGAAAUUGUUGGUUUUAAAACAAAAAAGCCUCCUAAUUUUCUCUUCUUGUUGAGAUGGUGAGCUGCUCUAAUGUUAAUGGGUGCUUUAAGCUCACUCAUGCCUUAUUUUGAUUUCCUCUUAUAUAACCAGCAUCAUGACGAUAACACACUUGUGUACCAUGUUUUCUAGAGAGUGUCGCAUCAGGUACAAGUAUGGAUUCUUUCUGCUUAGAUUAAGCGUUCAUAUACACGUCGCUUCCUUCACUGUAAUGUAUCCAUUUUCUUAUUUUACAUGUAGUAUGUUCUGCUCCUAAAACAGCACUUAAGCACACCCUAGUGGUAUAGACUUUUUUUUUUGCUACUGAAAAUGUCAUUACACAUUUUCUUUUCAUUUUAGACUUAUUUACUUGAUAAAGAGCUUUUGCCGGUGUGACCUCUGCUGCUCCAUUGCCAGUUUCUGCCAGCAGCUAUCUGUCUGUAAUUAUUGGAAGCAUCAGGGUAAUAGUAGUGUGCUCUCUAAUAACUCCCUUGUAGCGAGUGAAGUAGAAUGCCUUCCAUAAAACAAACUCAAAGCUCAUAGCCUGGAAAAUAUGGUUGCACACAGACACACACCACUGCAAUGACUUUGUCCUAUAUGCAUUUCAACUUUCUGACAUUUAUAGAGCUAAUGGCUGCUUUAGUCUAGGGGUGGACAAAUGGUAAAUUCAAUAGCUAGCCUUCCUGGCAAGUGUGACGCUCCAGUGUGUUGCCCAGAUUCAUAUUUCAACCUAAUUGACUACGAUACAAAAUGACAGUCAGCAUAAUUUAAUAAUACAUGGAUAGCUAGUUAUCAAUAUAGAAUAAUGGAAAUAAAAGAAGAACGUUUUAAUGCAUUGAAAUUGUCGAACAUCUCUGCUAUGAAAGUGCUAUCUAAAAUUCAAAUCAUGGUAUAAAUAUUACUUAUGGCUGGCUAGGGACUUUUUUCUUUUUUUAAAUAAACAGUUUGCAUAUUGUACUAGCAGAAGAGUUAUAUGACAGCAUUACACAGGCACUUUUCAUUUUGUUUGUGUUCUCACUUAUUCCUCAUUUUCUUUUUGUCUUCUGUAAAUCUGGCUAGUUAAAAUGCUGAAUUCUCUUCAGCUGAAGUGUGUAGUGCAGCAGGCAGUGGGAUUCAGAAACAUGUCCUAUAGUAUACUUUUAUACAUUCUCGCCUGUUAAAAACUUCAGUAGUCUGUAUGGAGCACGGUAUAUUUUGAUUUCUCUUGUUCUGCCUAUUUAUUGGAUGGCUAUGGGGUUGAAUUUUGAAUUAAAAAAAAGCCUGGACAAGAAAAAAAUCCCAGGCACGUGAUUUGUCCACCCCUCCUGCAUAUUCACCCUGAAUUGAAUGUACAUAAUCGUGUAGUUUGACCAGUGCCAUGUUAGAAUGAGAUUUAUCAGACCUAGAUGUGUUGAGAAACAUUUGUUCUCGUCUCUAUAAACGUCCAAAGGGAAAGGAUUCUGUGCAGAGGUUAACUUUAACCUCAUGUUUAUGCAUAACCUCGCGUAGUAUGUGAUGACAAUUUCUGAAACUAUCCUUAAGCACUUUUAUGUCAGUGUAAUUGCCUUACUUCUGUCUGUGUAAGUAGGCACGUGCCGAUAAUCGGAGUGUACAGUAUAGCUUAAUAUUCAAGUUACUGUUAUCAUCAUGGACACUUAAAGCUAUCAGAACCAUCCAUGCAUUGCAUUCUUGAGGAAUUAGGUUUGUCUCAUUCAGAAGGUUGGGUCCUUUGCCCUGUAUACUUCAUGUUAUGAAUGAGACACGUUUCCUUUUCGGUUAAAAUGCUGCUAAGCUUGUGAGAACAGGUCCAGAUAACUAAUUUAUUUUCUUAACUUGAUAUGAUGUUAUCGUAACCAUGAUAAAUGUUCCUCACAUCGCGAUAUGACAAUGUAAGAUCGGCACAAGCCUAGUUGUAAUGGGCGAAUAUAAUUAAUGGUCAUCGGAGUCCACGUGGCAGUGAUGAUGUGGGUAAAUUCAGAGAGUAUGUCCAUCAUACGCUUUUGCUUAUCAGGUGUCCGUAAUGAUUUUAUGCGUUUACGGCACACAGUAAGGAACUCGCCUCCUUCUUUUAUGAUUUCUUUCAGUACGUGUGUUUAUUAGUAGAUGUUCAUAUCAAUGUUAAUGUGUUUUAAAUAAUGUAUGACUGUGCAGUUGCUGUCAAAUGUAUCAGGUUAACAUACACUUACUGGCUAAUUUAUUAGACACACCUACCUUAUCUGUGUCUGAUGCACCUGUAAAAGUCCCACACAGGCUACUGUGUCUGAUGUUACUGAGCUGAGAAUGACCCACUACCCAAAUGAACUCUGAGUAGCCAGUGAUCCUAUGAUAGUCCCUUCCAAUUAAUAGGUGGCUAACAUCAUACAGAGCAAACGAUGGGGUUCAGUCAGUAUUAAUACACCUGUAAAGUGGUCUGUAUGGUAGGUGAGUCUGAUAAAAUGGUCAGUAAGUAGCUAUUAUGUAAUAAACUGGCAACUCAGUGUAAUGGGAUCAAUACUUUUUUAUUAUUAAAGCCUCUUGGUAAAACAAGA